AUGACGCUGUCGCACGACUCCAUCCUCUCCAUCGUCGAACUGGUGCUCUACGCACCUCUCCUCCCACUAACAACCUACCUUCUCUUCCGCCACGGUCGCCAUGGCAUCCUCGGAUACUACUACCUCAGCGCGGCCUGCACAGUGCGGGCAGUCUCAGAUAUCGUGCAACUGGCCACGUCCGUCAACGACAGCACGCCAUCUCUCGGAGCCACGAUUCUCAGCUCCGUCGGCCUCUCGCCCUUGAUGCUCGCCCUGGCAGGUAUGCUGCACGAAAAUCACCACUAUCGCCUCGAGAUGUCGAACAAUACCGCGGCCGUCAAAAGCAGAAUCACCAAGCUCCUGUGGUUCGUCCAGAUCAACAUCCACUCCAUCUCCAACUCUGCCAUCAAGCUUCGUGAAGCGGGCUCCAUCAUCCUGCUCUUGCUUUGGAUCGGCUUAGGACAGUACGCCGUAUAUCUGGCCUAUCGAUGCCGGGAUUUGCCCAACAGGAACGGAAUCGUCAGUCUCGCUUUCUGGAACCUGCUUGACUCGCCUUUCAUCGGGAUCAAAGUCAUCUACAAUGUCGUUUAUGCUUUCGAUCACGACGACGCGACACUCAAUCCCAAUACUGGAUCUCUGGCUGUGAAGGUGGUUCUGGUUGUGCUUCCGUCCCUGGUCGUGGCCGUCUUGUUGACGAUUGGAGGAUGGAAGAGCCGGGAUAUUUCAAGACUACGUGGAUAUGACGCAGUCAAUCCAGGCGAGCAGGUUUCGUAUGAGGUGAAGCAGGAGAGGUACUGA